UGACAGGCACUCAGAUUUAACAGCCAUGCGAUCAAGAUUUCACAUACCGGAGCAGGCUCUCUCCUUGAAUGUUUUCAGGUUGAUUAAGUGAAUAGAAAAAAAAAAAAAAAAGAAAAACGAAGCUGCUUUCAAGUAUUGAAGAUACAAGGCCAGGAUGAACACGAAGGACACAAAAGUGACUGAAGGAGGUCUCAAUGUCACGCUUACCAUACGCCUUCUCAUGCAUGGCAAGGAGGUUGGAAGCAUUAUCGGAAAGAAAGGUGAGACAGUAAAGAAGAUGAGGGAGGAGAGUGGUGCUCGAAUCAAUAUUUCAGAAGGCUCAUGUCCAGAGAGAAUUGUGACAAUAACAGGCCCAACAGAUGCAAUUUUUAAAGCUUUUUCUAUGAUUGCACUAAAAUUUGAAGAGGACAUAAACGCUUCAAUGACAAACAGCACGGUGACAAGCAAACCACCUGUAACACUGCGGCUCGUCGUCCCGGCAAGUCAGUGUGGAUCCCUUAUAGGAAAAGGAGGUUCCAAAAUCAAAGAAAUCAGGGAGUCCACAGGAGCCCAGGUGCAGGUAGCAGGGGACAUGUUGCCAAACUCCACGGAGCGCGCAGUGACUAUAUCAGGCACUCCUGACGCCAUUAUCCAGUGUGUGAAACAAAUAUGCGUGGUUAUGCUGGAGUCCCCACCCAAAGGUGCCACCAUCCCCUACCGUCCCAAACCUGCCUCUGCACCUAUCAUUUUUGCAGGUGGCCAGGUAAGAGCAGACACCAUUUUGGCUUCAGCUGGAAACCACACCGUCUUGGCCCAACCUCAGCCAGCGCCUGCAUUCACGAUUCAGGGGCAGUAUGCCAUCCCUCAUCCAGACGUGAGUCCAGCACAUUUGACCAAGCUUCACCAGUUGGCUAUGCAGCAUCCCCCCUUUACUCCCCUUGGGCAGACCACCCCUGGUUUCCCUGGACUGGAUGCCACUACUCCAACCAGUUCCCAUGAACUUACUAUUCCCAAUGAUUUAAUAGGCUGCAUUAUUGGCAGACAAGGCAGUAAGAUAAAUGAAAUCAGGCAGAUGUCAGGAGCGCAGAUCAAGAUUGCUAAUGCCACAGAAGGCUCCGCAGAACGACAAGUUACAAUCACAGGAUCCCCAGCAAACAUCAGCUUAGCACAGUACCUCAUUAAUGCAAGGGAUUCCCCACACAUCGAGAGGAGAAUAGACCCCUUCAUUUUUAGUUGCACAAACACCAUAUGGCAUGCAUCUGGAUCUCAGAAGAUAACAAUUUAAGAUCUUCAAGACAGCUAAAGCAUGCAAAUAAAUUAAUGCACUUAUUAAUGGAGUUGCAGUGAGCUGCUCACCAGAGACAGAAACUCUAGUGAACAAACCUCUGUUUGACUCACUAGAAAAGCCUGUGAACUCUUACACUUCUGUUUAUUGCUGUUUAAUGAUUCUUUUGAUGGAAUGGGAUAUAUAUCUGAGGUCUUUUAACAUACCUUUGCAAAGAAGAAAACUUCUCAGCAUAUACCAUGGAUACUCUUAUCUAUACCCUGUGAAACCAGAAACAAAAUACUUUCUUCCUGUUGAAUUUCUAGAUAGAAGUCAUUUGUUACCAUCAUCUACAAUAAACCAUCAUAUAUUAUUAUGUACCAUGUGUUGAAACUGUAUUUAGAUGAAGUGACUUCAUUUGUAAAUGAAGACUCUUAAAGUAAUGUAUAAUAAAUUAAGCUCUAAGGUAACAUAGGACAUUAAGGUGACUUUUUCAUUUUAAGAAGUGACACUGUUCCUGAUUUCUUCUUUCACAAGAGAAACUCCUGUCCAGUUAGGUGCCAACACAGCAGCAGUGCUAGUUCGCAGUCACACUGGAGGAAGAACUGAGAAACUUUCAGCCAGCAGGGAGGUCUGCUGUAGCUGGGGUUAAGGUGCUCAGGCAGGUUUCUGAGAGGCAGAGCUAGGCUGCUGCUGCCUGCGCACACUGGAACCAAUUUCAGUGUCUGUCAGUCCUAAAUCUGCCACAAGUACUGCUGUCUCUUUUAUAGAUGUUGGCAUGAAAUAAACAGUGUUGGGGAAGAGCGGAGUACAGUGCCUAGACUAUAGUCUGGUAUGUCAAAAUAAUUAUAAUAAAUAAAAGCCAUAUAAGCAUUCAGGGUAAGGUGAACUUUUUCCCUCUCCCCCACAAAAUACGUCAUUCUCAUGAAUUUGGUUUCCAGGGCCAGUAUUUCUGCAUAAAUCAAUGUCUAAAAGCAGCAUAGGAUGUAAAAAAUAGUACCUGUCCAGUGUCCUGAAACGUUCUGUGUGUAUCUUUAAACUAGCCUCCAACCAAAGCUGCCAUCUAUAGAAUAAUUUAUCAAAUUGUUUUAAGACUUUUAUUGUAAUCUGGUGUCAAAUAUGUACAUAACAUACUCUAAAUCAUAGAUAUAUAAAUACAUUGAUACAAUAAGACAGAUUUAAAUCUUUCUAAAGUAUUGUUUUAAUUCUGUAUUGAUUACCUGAGUGCUGACCUCUGUAUGAGUAGAAUGUGUCCUAGCUUGUUUGCAGUAGAAGUGUCUUUUUUUUUUUUUCCUGUAAAAUCUUCUGUCUCUUAACUUGUCUUCACUGUAGUAACUGGAUUUUCAUUAUCCAAUUCCACCUUCUAGCUUUCAUUAAGAAUGAACUGCAGUUUAGGUUUCCUGUGUAAUAUGGGACUUUGGAUUAUAAAUGAAUUGUAGCCAGAAGCACUUGCUCCUUGUUGAAGAGCAGUUUCCCAAAGGUAUUUCUUUACCGCCUUUUUGACAAGAGGUUCAUUCACAGAGCUAACAGCACCACCAAGCCACACUUGAGCUUUAUUUCUUUCACUAGUUUGGGGUAAUGCAGGAUGGGGCCUUUGGUGUGUAUAUUCAUCUAGUGUAGGUCUUCAAAGGGACAGUGUAAAAUUGGCACCAUGAAAUUUUGUAUGAAGGCUGCCUCAUCCACUUUCAUAUCCAACUUUGUUGCAUCUACAAUUGGUUUGGGAAACUGCCGUUGUCACAGGGCAGCCGAUAGCUAACCUGACAUACUUUUACCUUAUGUGUUACCAUCAGUAAUAAACGUGAAGCAGGGCAAAUUAUUGCUUUAAUUGUACCUGUGUGAGUACAUCAGAGCACCAGGGAGUUUGAGUGGCUGCUACCAACACCAGUGUUUAACCUGUGGGAUCUAUUCUCCCUGCUAGUGCAGGAAAAAGCUCACACUUGAAUACCCCCUGUGUCAGUAAGGAUUUUUUUGUUCUUGUUAAAUGCAAGGCAGGCAAAUUCAGAGUCACCGAAAGACCAAGUCCUACAUUAUCUUUCUAUAUGCCUCCCUCCCAGAAUAAUACUGAUUUAGAAAUACAAAAAAAAUCCAGUAAUAUAAUCUGCAUAAACUGAAUUUCUCAAAACCUACUAAGGUAUCACCAUGCAACUCCAACACGCCAAGUCGAGGAUAUACCCUGGAGUUGCAUUCACUGAUUCAGUAUUAUUGACGUAAACCCCGCUGCGCAAGUACAUUGCAAGUAGCAAGUAGCACAGCUAACAGCACAAGGAUGCUCUUCCCUCUGCAAAGAACUACUCAGCUGUGAGGUUAGAAAAAUUCUGAACUGCUCAUCCAUGGGGACAGAUGAACACCACAGGGUAGGAAAACCAAAGCUUUACCUCCCACAAACGGGUCUGCAUUUCAUGCACUCACCCUCCUCCCCUCCCACGUCCUCAGAGAAGAUGUGCGCCUUCUAACUUCCCAGCAAAAGCCACCAAGGAGUUAAUACUCCAAAAGCCCUCUUUCUUUUGUGGGGAAGAGAGGACCUGCUGCUCAAGUGUUCCUCCCAAGCUCAGACGCACUUCAGGUAUCCUUUAGACUCACCAUCAGCAGCACUGCUUUGGGAGGCUUUAAUCUAGCGUCCCCAUCCCCUAUAUAGCACUGGUCAAGCACUUGCAUCCUUGCCCUUGCGCAAUGCAGCCAGGCCUUCUGGCCCUUGCCUUUCUCUGGCCAUAAAUAAUAGACCAGGGGCUGUUACUCUCAAAACUGCAUGUAAGUCUAAGUUGAGGAAAAGUAAGGCUCUUCCAAGCCCAGAGUAGGGCGACCAUGCUCCCCUUCCAACCUCUAGCCUGGCUACAGCUGCUCUCUUAAGUCUGCACACCCAGCCCCUGGCACCAACAGCGACCAGCACAAAUGCUGUGCUGGGAAGCUUCCCCAGGCCUGAUGGGAUUUGUGAGAAAGUGGUAGGUCCUCUGCCAGACAGGUCCUCUGCAUGGCCGGCCGGCUGCUCACUGGCACGCCACGCUGGGAGGGAGAAGCUGGAGCAGCUCCUCAGCUCACUCCCACAGAAAGCUCAGGAGCCUGGCAAGUAAUUACUGAAAAAAACCCCAAACUUAGAAUUAAUGCACAUGUGACUGCAGCUAGCGAAGAUUUUCUCACCCGUAGUCCUAUUUGUUUGAUAGGCUUCCCUGUCUCCCAGCUGGUCACACGUGAAAUGCACCCUUGAAAUUAGUAUUUAGGUUGUCCGCUGACCCAAAAGCCAGUGUACAAGCUGCAACAGAUGGCAAGGGGCGGAAUUACCUAGGUCAGGGGUCCUCAAACUACGGCCCGUGGGCUGGAUACGGCCCCGCAGGGUCCUCAAUCCGGCCCCCGGUAUUUACAGAACCCCCCGCCGGGGGUUGGGGGGGGAACCCAGCAGCCGCAGAUGGCUGCCUGCCACUGCAUCCGCGCGCCGGCCCCCUAGUUAAACAGUUUGAGGACCCCUGCUCUAGGUAAACAUUUUGCCAUCUGAAAAAAACCCCGUAUUUUUGGAAUGACUGUAUUUUAACGUCUAAAAAUGUAGAGAAAAGUCCAAGUGCACGGGCCAAACUCACCUCACGUGCCGAUGGGUGGUUAGAUUAAAAUGAAGGUGGUUUGAUACCUACAUCCUCCAAGGAGCCUGUCAUUGCCUUGGGCUCAGAGGUUGGGCUAAUCUGAACUUCCUUGUGCUGGCGGGGCCUGUCUGACAAUGUGUGUGUUGUAUCCAUGCAGUACCUUGUCUGUUAGCUGGUAAGCUCUUCUACGUUCACUGUAACCACUGCCACAAGCUCAGAAAGGAUGCCACUGCUGUGGAAGCCGGGGUGUAUUUCAGUUUACCUUUUUACUAAUUUCCUUAUAAUCAGAUUGCAUAAAUAUUUUGUUGUGAUUUAAAAAAAAAAAGAAAAAAAGUCUGGGAAAAGUACAAACCGAAGUGAACACACUGGCUAAUCAGGUUUGUUUUAGAUGAAAAAUGCACAUUGAUCUCAGUGAACAAAAUGAAAAACUAACUUUCUUAAAAAAAAAAACCCACCAAAAAUUUAUGCCUUAGAUGGAAGCAGCAAAUCAUUGCUCAGUCUCCUCUCAUCCUAGCAAAAUGACAAAGGGUACUAUUCAUGUCACAAAAUUGACCAAUUGAAAAAAUCAGCAAAACCCCCCGCGUCCCCCCUUCAAAAAAAACGUUAAUUUUGAAAAGCAAAAUUCACCAUACCAGUGCUGGGGAGUAAAAUUCAUAGUUAUUUUAAGUUUUCUUUUCAGUUUCAUUUUUUCCAUCUUUUUGCCAUUACCCACAUUCCUUAAUUUCUUUUUUUCAUGUGUAAAAUGAACUAGCAACCCCCGCAACCUUUUUUUUUUUUGAAAGAACUUUAGAGUCUCAGUAAUGUUUUCACCAUCAAAUCAUGAAAAACCCUUUUGUUAUUUCUCUUCUUUAACACAUAACAUGUUCCUCCUUUGACCCUCAUUUUCCCUUUUUUUCUCUCUCCUCCCUCUCCCUCCCACUCGUCUGUCCCCCUCGUCCACUGAUCUAAUCCUGCCCUUUUGUGGUUGCUGUCCUCCCUCCCUUCAUCCCUUCCUCCUCCUCCUCCUCCUCCUCCCGGCCCCACCACCCUGGCUGGACCCUCCCAACCUGUUUGUUCCUCUUCCUCUCUUCGU